AUGUUACAACGCACAAACGUUUCUAAUCCAGACCCUCAUAAAGCUUUAUUUGUCUUAAACAUCUUGGAAAGUAAAGAAUACUGUACAUCGAAUCCAAUUCCAAGUGUCAUUUUCAUCAAAACUUUUAAAUUUUCGAAAAUUAAAGAUCAUAAAAAAACAGAAGACUUCAAUAUGGAUGUUUCGGCGAAUUUCUGUGACAGGAUGGAUGUCACCUUCAACAAUGUUCUGGAAGGUGCUCGGCAGUACUUCCAGGGUCUCCCAUCACCAGUUACUUCCAAUGUGGACAACCCACUUUAUAACUCGGAGACCAGUACCAGCCAACCAUCAGUUUCUGGUUCAGAGACAAAUUCAAGCAACCUAACAAAUAGUGUUGCAACAAAGCACCAGAAGCGUGAUUCUGUUGAAGGGUAUCCAUCAAAACCUCAAACACAGCACUACACGUCAGACCAGACAAGUAAUCCAAUUCCUACUGCAAGAACUGCUGGACAGCCAACAUCUGUAUCAAGAGUUGCAAAUCAACCGGGUGGUAGUACAUUAGCUACAAAUAUUCAAAGCUCAAAAUCAGUGAUAUCUGUACAUGGUGCUAUUCGAAGUAAACGGGAAUCACCUCUUGAUUUAUCUGUAAAAACAGUUAGGCAAUCUGCUGAUUCAACUAAGGAUGAUGUGGAAUGUGGAUACAGUGGUUCCAGUGUGUCCCCUUGUGGGGAUGUUGCUGCAGUGGGCACUGUUAUGCAGCCUCUAGGAAGUGAAGCCACAGGUGGAGCUUUGCCGGCUGUGAAGCAUUCACCUGUUGUUACUGGUCCACAAAUGGAGAAAGCUGGAGGAAUGCAAAAUACAGUGCGUGGUGUCCCAUUGCCCAAGACAGAUUUUAAUGUUAAUGUAGGGACUCAUCAUACCAGCAGGCCAAUUCCUACCUCAAGUUACAGUGCUGAGAAUCAGAGGUUGAGUAUGUUGAAGCCAGGAGUGCAGCAGCAAGCUCAUCUUUCAUUCCAGUCACCAGCAACUGCUUUACCUCAUUCAAAUAACUUCAGAAAAUCAACAGUAAUGAAUUACAACACAUGUGAGUCUCGGGAACAGACUAGAGACAAUCCACAGUACAAAUAUGCAGCUGCUAAGGAUAUUUCUCCUUAUAGUAUGAUACCUGGAGUUAGUAGUUAUGAGAAUUCUAUUAAACAAAAUAAUACAUUAAACAGAAAAGCAGAAUAUGCUGGCAUCUCUGCACCCACUGACAUUAAACAUGAUGAUAUUUCUGCUGGGCACAAGAGGGUUCAUGAAGGAAGGCCUAAUUUUCCAGCCAAAAUUCCACGCAAGGAUACAUGGCAUCGGACUAUUGACCAGCAAAUAGAGCAAAAGUUGUCUGCUUAUACCAAACUUCAACAUCAAGAGCAAGCCAAACAAACUCAUGGAACCCACUCAUAUGGCAGUGAUCUAAUAGAAAGUUCAAAAUUUCAGAACUAUCAAUCUCCAUCCUUAAAUAGCAAUUUCUCUGCUGUUCACCAUGAAGAUGCUUCAGGUACUGUACACCACAAUGGCAUUCCAAAAGGUUCAAAACAGCAAUAUCUCCCUCAGCUAGAACUUAAUGGAGACCAGCACACCAUCCGAAAACUUUUGACAUCAAAGAGUGAACCUGUUGUGCCAAGCAGUAGUUACAGCAAUGCUGGUUCUGACAACAUGCUAAGUAUUCUUCGCAACAGUCUAGAAAUAAAAGAGGCUCGAAUUUCCCAAUUGCAGAACCAAUUGCAACAAAAUGCUCAGCUGCAACAUGUUCAUACUCCUAUUCCCACAAACAAUGUUCGGUCUUCAGCUGUAAUGACUCAGGCCAAUACGUUACAUGCUCGUCAAGGAAUGCAAUCAGUUGUUCAUUCUGGAAGUGUGGCACAAUCUGGUCACAAAUUGCAUGUUCCCAAAGCAGUGGACUCUGUGAGCCCUGAUGUUGAGCAGCUGUCACCUUUCUCUCCUACGACAAUAGUGCCACAAGGUGGUCCAAUGGAACCUGCAACUGCGUACACUCCUGCAGUAGGGCAAACUCCAUCUAGUGUGUUACAACCUAUAUCUUCUGGAGAACCUUUGGUUACAAAUGGAAGUAGUGAUUCAGAGGGAGAGAUGCCAGUCCUGGAAAGACAGACUUUAUAUGGGAUGAGAAGAGACAGAAAGCUUCUUACCAAAGUUCCGUCCCGGUGCCCUGUGCCUUCGGAGGCAACAUCUGCCACAGAACUUGAAUCUACAUUGGAACCAUCAGCAAUUGUUGAGGAUGCCAGGGAUUCAAGAGAUCUCUUUGUACAAGGUCCUGCCUCUCCUAGUGAUGCUUUUUGGUCUUCAGCUUGUGAUCAGUUCUUGGAACAACUUCAGGCUGGGUCAGGAACACAAAAACGUGGUCGUAAAAAGAAGAUAAUCGGUGACUUAAAUGCAGAAAGUGUUGGUGAGAAGUUAGCUAAGGAUGGUACCAUAGGGAACUCUAAAACUGAUGAAACAAAUGUGAAAAAUGAUGACGAUAGUAAGAUAGUCUGUAGUGCUACAAAAGCUCAAGAAAGUGAUGAAAGUGAGAUUAAAUUUGCUGAAACAAAUGGUGAUUUUCAUUCAAAAGUAAUUGUUGAUACUAAUAUUGACAAUAAAUCUAAACAAAAGGAUGACCCAGAAGAAUAUCAAAAAAUAGCAAAAAUCAAGUUGGAAGAGAGUGAAGAUAUUCAAAGAAACAGGUUAAGUCACUUAAAUAGAUUCAGUAGUAAAGGAGAACUUAAACACUUGAAAAUGUGCCGAAGUAUUCUGAAGGAGGAAGAAGAACAAAAAGAAGAAAGUGACUUAUCUAAAAGUGUUCAUGAAAAACCUAAAGGCAAAGAACCUGAUGCUAAAGUCAGUGAUGAAGAACAAUCGAAGGAAUCGGUGGAUAAUGUAGGAAAGGAAGAUGUUAAGGCAACUAAAGAAAGCAGCUCUGUUGUACCUCUGGGCAGAAGGCGUAGAUGGAAAAGGAGAAAACACUUUGGAAGAAGCAUUCAGCAUGCGGAAAACAGUAAUGAACUCAUGAAUAGAGAGGGGAAGAGAACUUAUCGAAAUGAUAACAAGAAAACUGUGGAUGACAGAUGCUCCAGAAUGGGAGGGAACAGAAUGAAAAGAAAAUUAAAAUCUAGUCCUAGGUUAAAUGAACUGAAACGUUUAGGGAAGUACAAAGUUCUUCGUCGUAAAGGUCGUAAAGAUGAUUCAGAAGAUGAUGUACCUUUGAGUAAUAAGAGACUCCUGGUAAGAAAGGUUACAGGAAAAGAAGAACGUGAUGUAGAUGAUGAAAUGAGCUUGGCGGAAAUGAAAGUGCGACUUCGAAAAGGAAACCUUAAGAAAAGACCAGUCUGCAGAAAAGUGUUGCGCCAUCGAGCAGAUGAUACAGGGUCCAGCUCUAGGAGUAGUAGCACCACAAGUGAGAGUGGAGACAGUAGUAGUGAUGGUGUGCCCCAGGAGAGUGUUGCAGCAAGAGUCCACCGUCGUAAAGGUCGUAAUGUUGCCAAAACAGGGAUGCGCCUCCGGCCACGAAAUGCAUCAUCUGUGCCCAGAAACAGGAAAUUGUGUUCUCAAAAUAGUGAAAAUAAUAAAAAAGACACAAGUUCUGCCUCGCAAAGUGAAAGCAAGCAGUUCGAUGGGCCUUUCCAUCCGGGUUGGGAAGAGGAAGUGUACAAAUUCAAACAGUCAUUGAGAAUGCCUGCUCAGUUAAUAAAUAUACCAAAGCCACCUCGUGCUCGGCACAUUUCUGCAUCUCUUCCAGAUCUUGAUCCAUCAGCAACAUUGCUUGAUACUGCUGGUUCCCAAAAUAGUGCUUCCAGUCAUCAACAAUCUGUUUGCAAUGACCAGAGUUCCAAUUCAUUUGGUAGUCAAUUGCCCUACAAGACUGAUGAUGGUACAGAAUCGGAGGACACAAAUUUAUCAGUUGUAUCAAGUAAAAACAGCUCAAAUAUUGACAAUAAUAACUCUGUACUGAAUGCUUUUGGUCAAGUAGGGAGUAAUAAAUAUUCUUCAAAAAGGAUAUUACAAAAGAAAAGCAAUAAAGGUUCUAUCAUUCCACGUUCUUCCAGCACAGAUUUAGAUACAUCCACUCCUAGUGAAACUGGAGGAUCUCAGCAAAUAUUGGGAGGUAAACUAAAGAAAGCUGAUCUAUUGAAAAGUGAAGCAAAAAUGUCUCUCUCUAAAAUAGAAUUUGAUAACCAUGAUUUAUUGGCCAAAGACCGUAUUAAAAGAAGAGGUCGUGAAGCUUCAAAUGAUCGCAGUAAACCACCAGCAGAGAAUCUUGUGGUAAAGUCAAGGACUCGAACCCAGGCACGUCUGUUGCAGCAAAGACCUACAAUACGGGCUGUAUUUGGGGAGGAUCGUCCUGCCUCGGCUCCACCUUCUUGUGCUGAUACUUCAAGUCUUCUUUCUGAAUCUAAGCGGUCCUCUAAAAUGAAGAAGGCUAUUCACCCUUCUGUUGGAGUUGUCACACGUGGCAGAGCAGGGUUGCGUACAGCAGCAAUGCUGAGAAGUAAUAAGGCUGUGCUUAAUUCAAAACGUCACCUUUUACAUAGCAAUAAAUCUCGAAAUAUGAAAUUGUUGCGUGCUAUUGCUAAUAAAAAGAUUACAAUGGAUGGUGCCAAUCAUUUUUCAUCUGAGCAAAUGGCAAGGCUACCUCAGGGACCCCACAGUGCACACAUAAAUUCAUCCAAUCCGAAAACAAUUGGAAAGCGAAUAAAAAUUCGGACAGUUAGACGAAAAUUUCGAUCUGGAUUUGAUUACAUUCGUAAAAAGAAAAAGCAACAGAAGAAAGAUACCGGGGAUAUUGAAACAAUGAAAGAGAGAAAGAAAACAAUUGUUUCAAGACCUAGCUCAGAAUCGGUGCAAGAUGUCCAGGCUGAAAUUCGUGGCUGGGUCAUAAAUAAAGGUUUAGGAGAAACUUUGCUUCAUCGAGCUGCACGAUUAGGCUAUACUGAUGUGGCUGCAUAUUGUUUGGAGAAAAUGGAUAGUGCACCUUCUCCUCAGGAUAAUGCAGGAUAUACUCCCUUGCAUGAAGCUUGCUCACGUGGUCAUCUGGAUAUUGCUCGACUCCUCCUCAUGUAUGGUGCUGAUGUGAGUGCCAGCGCCUUGGGUGGAGUGCGCCCUCUCCAUGAAGCAGCUGAAAAUGGCUACACAGAAUUGGUGCGAUUACUUCUUUCCUAUGGAGCAGACCCUUUGCUUGCAACUUACAGUGGUGUAGCUCCCCUUGCACUGGCGACAGAUGAAGGCUCCCGGUGGCUGUUGCAACAUCAUCUUGCUGAUGUUCAGGGUUUGUCUGCCACAUCAUGGACAUUUCAUGGUGCAGCAUCUUGUCUUGAUCCUGUAGUAAGUGGUUAUGAUCCAUUGCAAGACCCUCCAUGUGCAUCACCAGAUACCGGAGAAGAAGAUGAAAUUGAAUUUGAAAUCAGUGAAGUGUCUCUACCUGUUCUGUAUCAACUAAGAGGAGAGCCUGUGAAAGAACGCUGGGUAUUGUUCCAGGACUUAGCUCCUCUAUUACGGGUUAAGUCAAGAGAUGUUUUACUUCGGCAAAUUAGUCCUGGACCAGGAACUGAUAUCAGAAGUAUACUGAGGGAACUGAAAAUGGCAGAUUUUCUGGAACAAGCCCAUUGUUGCCAUGUGUUAGGUGUUGGUGAAAAAGUUAACAUCCGAGCUUCAAAGGUGGCACUCGUUAAGUACAAUGACAGAGUUCGUGAAUUGCUUGGGGUAGAGAAGAUAACAGUGAGUUCCAGGUGACCGGGAGUUAGUGUGGUUCCUUCUACUGUCUGUGCUUGAAUCUGCCACAUUACUAAAUACUUAUUUUUGUUAUUUCUUUUUACAGAUCUAUAAGUUGUGUUGUUCAAAAAGUGAGGAAUAUGUAUGAGUAAGUUUUUUUCUAAGGAAAAAAUUGCUGUGAUGGUAAGCUUUAUUCUUUAGAAAUACAUAUUUUGUCAGAAAGUUCUAAGUUCACUGUGUUUUCUUUUAUAUAUUAUAUAUGAGAGUUAUUAGUAAACUUUAUGAAUGGUGUAAUACAUACAUCUUCAAAUACAGUGGAUAUGUUAUCUCCAAAAACAUAAUGUGAUUCUAGGUGCAAUUUUCUUUUCUGUUGAAAAUACACAUUUUGUAAAGGGGUUUCAAUGUGUUUGCUGUUGUAGUUUUCUUAUUCAGUGUACUUAAUUUAUAUGUACAUGUUAUAGAUAAUUUUUGUAUAUUAUGAAGCAUUUGUUUUAUUGUAAGUGAUGAAAGUGCAAUAAGUUAGCAGCUUCUUCCAUGCAGAUUCUUUUUAUCUCCAUCAGAUGUACAGUAAUAAUAGUUGAGAUGUGAUUGAUGGUAAAAAAUGUAUUUCUGAAUAAAUGUUAAACCCUUACUUUCAUUAUUUCUGUUGUUGUUAUUACUAUUACUUUUAUUAUUAUUAUUAUCAUUAUUAUUAUUAUUAUUAUCAUUACCACCACCACCAUCAUCAUCAUCAUCAUCAUCAUCAUCAUCAUCAUAUCAUCAAUAAUGUUGUCAACUUGAAUACCACUUCUGUAUCUAAAAUCCACCAAAUUGCCAAUAGUAUUUUUUUUUUUUAUUUGUCACAUGUAUUGAAAAUGGACCUCUCUUUUAAAAAAAUAUAGUAUGUUUAAUGAUUUUAUUUACAUUCUUCUUAUAGUCAAAACGUGUACAUUUGUCUUUUGUUCUUCAGGCUGUGAAUCAUAACUGCCACUGUUAAAUAUUUGCUUUCAUUAGAAUUCCCCCUCAUUAUUCAAGUAUGUUGACUAAACCAAUAAAUAUUUUCAUAAGUUGUCUGUAGGAAGAAAAGGAAAAAAAAUGUGUGUAGGAUGAAUAAAUG